AUGACCUAUCAAAACCCUGUGUUCGGAACUUCAUUCCUUCCUGAGACAGAGGAAGGGCGCAAUCGUGGUAUUAAAGUAGGUAUCUACGAAGACAUACCAGAUGAUGAUGAGCAUCAACAUUACCAGGCACUGAAACCUCCCGGGGAUGAACACGAGUAUGCAACAUCGUUUGGAAACACAGCAGAAGCAACAUACCCGAUUUACCAAACCCUCAGAGGACAAGGCAAUGUGGAUCAAACAUACACAUCUCCGUCGUAUAAUACUAGGAGACUAAACAAAUCUUCAUGUUUGAAAUCAAAGUCGUGCAAAGUGAUCAUCGCCGUUUUAUCAGGCAUUGCAAUUCUAAUCGGCGGGGUUCUCAUUGGGCUGUUUAUAUUUGGAAAACACAAUGAUUACACAAGCUCUCCCAUGGAAUCGCGUGACACAACACUGAUAACAACUGGUUCGACACAAAGGCAACAAGUUACAAGAACAUCAACGAUAUCAGGACAAGUCAGAACCACACAAACAAAUGGAACGACGACAUCAUUCACCACAAUAAAAACAACAACCUCCACUCCAUUAAUAGAUGAAGUGAUGGAGGACAACUUUAUCGUAUUUGUGGAUACAUUACUUGAAUCGCUCUAUCAGAUGGACACACAUGACCCUCUUAGAUAUCGCAAGGUCGCUAAGACUGGCCCAAACCCCGUGGCUGUUGCGUAUGAUCCCGUUGGAAAACGAAUAUACUUUACAGAUGUCAACGAGGAGACCAUAAACAGCGUCGCCCUAGACGGAACUGAUCUAAAGAUUGUCAAGAAGCUUUCUGCAGUUUCUAUACCAGACGGUCUUGCAAUAGAGCCCAAUUCAAGACUUUUAUAUUACACUGACGCCGGACGCAAUACCAUAUCCGUGAUGACAUUAGAUGGAUCUCUUGAGAAAACCCUGGUGUAUGUUAACAAUAGUAAACCACGGGCAAUUCAGUUGGAUCCUGUUAACAAGAAAAUGUACUGGUCUGAUUGGGGUCUUGGGCAGAUAGAGGUCGCUAACAUGGAUGGUUCAGGCAGGCAAUUAGUCACAAACAAUACAUUGUGGCCAAAUGGGUUGGCCUUAGAUGUGAGAAAGCAGCUGUUGUACUUCUGUGAUUGGAUGUGGAACAACAUCGAGGUGAUUGACCUUAAUGACAACAAUGCCCUUACCGUAAUACUAAGUUUGCCAUUGACUUUCGCAGAGCUGUUCGGUUCCUCAUCAAAGACGCAUUUCUUCGGCAUUACUCUAGACGAGACGUAUCUUUAUAUCAGCGAUUGGAAGAAAAGGCAAUUGCAAAGAGUUACAAGAGUGGGGACAUCAAGUUACGAUGGAUAUGGUGCACGAGACUUCUUUCGGAUCAAUGGCCUACAGAUCUAUAAUUCUUCCGUUCGUACAAUUGAGGAAUCGGUGUGUCAAACAAGAAAUGGUGGUUGCUCACACUUGUGUAUCCCAUCAUCUGCUGGCAGGACAUGUAUGUGUCCCAAUGGACAGUCGCUGUUGGAUGAAACCACUUGUUCAUAAAUUGAUGAAGUGAUGGUGCUAUAGGUAC